AUGACCCGUUUUCGUACACCUCGUCCACCGUAUUGGCUAACACCUCCCUGCAGACCAGAAAUGGACUUUUAUCUUAAAGACUACAUGCGAUAUAGAGGAGAUUUUGUUGAAAAUUUAUCACCAUACGUCACUGAAAAAUAUACAAAAUUUUUAAAUCAACCUCAAGUAUUACAUAUAUGGAACACCAUUACUUACACAACAAUACAUUUGCCUAUUAUCGUACCAGAAUACUAUACAACUUCAACGAGAAUGCCUACAACUACAAAAACAGUCGAAGAAAUAUACAAGGAAGAUUAUGCAUACACUAUAAAUUACCCUUAUUCUCCUAUAAUUUCUGAUGUUUUAGGACGGUACCACCCCAUUGAAGUUUGUGCCGUCCGAAUUACUUCUUGUGUAUAG